AUCGACUGUCAACGCCAUACUUCAGUUUAAUUUCAGCACGCAGCUCGAUCGUUUGCUUUAGUUUACGCAAAGUUUAAUUAAAAUACACACACACACACGAGUUUUACUCUGUUUAUACAAGUCCAAACAUACAUACAAGUGCAUACACACGACGCACAUUGAGACCAUGAAAUCCUUUUCGCUGUUCGCCGUUCUAUUGAUGCUCUUUGCUGUAUUCGCCACCCAGGCGCAGGCAUCGUUUUGUCCUUGUGAUCUCACGCAGAAAGGACAAAUAUGCGGCUCAAAUGGCAUCACCUACAAAAAUCGCUGUGAGUUCGAGUGUACCCAAAAAGACUACAAGAGAUUGGGUCGGACGUUGAACAUCGCCAAGACGGGUGCUUGCUAGGUGUCUCAGAAUUGGAAUUGGAAUUGGAAUUGAUGGGAAGAAGUGGUGUAAAGGCAUGGAUUGGUGGGUGUGUCACAGGUGAAUCAGAAAUGUAGUUGCGGUUAAGUGAGCGACUGCCAACUGAUGAUAACCACAGUGGAAGUUGGGUUUAAUGUAGAACGGAAGGAAAACUACAGGAAGCUUUGGUGUUUUAACAGGAAAUUGAAUGAAGGAACAAAUAUGGCAUAUACAAACACGCGCACACACAAACAUACUUUUUGCUCGUUUAUUAAAGACAAAACAAAUUAGCCUGUAGUAGUGGCAAUUUUGUGUUGCCCAUAAAUAUUGUUGGAAAUAUUAAUAUAUUGAGAUUUAAAGCACUUUUUGAGUUUGUAACAUCGAUUAAAAAUGGAUUAGUAGCAUUAAAUAACAUACCUACACAUAUUCGAUUAAAUGCAUUAAGCUAAA